CCGCAAAAUGGCGGCACCGGGCUGCGAUGUUCAGGGGCCGCGGGCUCCCUUCGCAUCCGAGUCCCGGCGGCGCCCCAUGCGGGUCGGGGCUCGACACCGGCCUUCUCCUCAAGGGCGCGGCCGCUGGUCGCACCCCGUUUCGUUGCUGGGGCGGCUGAGGGCGGUGCAUGUGAUGGCUCUGAGGGCGGCGGGCCGGGUUCGGAGCGGUUCCUGCGGUGCUUCAGGCCUGGAGGGACCUCCGGUGCCUCUACCGCGGCCGGCUGCGCCUUCCUCGGGAGACUGCGGGCGAGCGCCUCGCAUUCCCCAUGGGCCGGCCGCGGAGAGGGUUUCCUAGGCUGGCUGGAGCGGGCACGGACACGCUGUUCCGAGCGCUGCCCUCGCCCUGUCAGGACUUUAGCCUCCAUUGUUCGUAUCCGCAGUUAAACCCACCUUGAUGGGUAUGCGUGGUCUAACGCAGAGCGGGUUUGGUUCUGGGCGCUGUUGUGAUCUACUGAGUCUGGCUCGGGAGGGCCCUUGACGUGGCGCUCGAGUCUCACCUGAGCAGGCAUCCCAGGGGAGGAUGUUCAGGGCUGAAGGGAAUGCACUGCGCCGGUUCGGGGAAACGGUGGCCAGCUAGAUGCUUAAGGUCAUGUUCUGGACGAAGCUCCUCCAGUUCUGGUGUUCUAUUCUAGGCCGGUGAUUGUCUUCUCCGAUUGAGAAACAUUAGUUAAGGUUACCAAUGGGCCUAGUGAUCCAGGCUUUUCAGGUGGGGUGAGGGUGAAGAAGGGUGGUUUGUUGUUGGGUUCUUCAGGUGUAUGUCAUUUCUCCGGAGAGCUGAGAGAGAUAUAAUCUGCUGUGAUUGUGACAUUUGUUGUCAAAUUCCCAGAGGCAGUCAUAGAUUACACUUUCGUUGCUUUAAGUGUUGGUAGUCAUAACUGGUUAUCUUUGGGAGUGAAAACAGGAUAAAAACCUUAGGAGUACUGUAAACAUUACUGGUUUGGAAAAAAAUGUUAAAUUUUAGAUUAAGACAGUGUUCAGAGAGACAGUGCUUAAGCAAGUCCUUGCUUUUUGAUCUGCAUUAUUUUCAUCACUUAAUUUUCUGGUUUUUUUAUUUUCAACAGGUUUUGUAAAGAGAGUUUUGGUUGGUUAUAGGCAGUACGUGAAGAGAUCAGUUGAUAUCUUUUUGAUUUGAAAUAGUAGAGUUCUUCAACAUUCUGUUGUUUUAGGUAUAUGUUUGUACUUAAGUAUAUGUGUGAUUUUCUAAAUGGAUUCUGCCAAUCAACAUAGUAAAUGAUCUGCUGUGGUUAGUACUUUCUUUGGAAAUCUCAUGUCAAGUUGUUGGGUUUUUUUUGGUUUUUCUUAGUCAUACACUACUCAAACUCCUGACAAAAUAGUUGUUACGCUGUGUGCAGACAGUCCUUUAUUUCUUAUUUCUUUUUAAUUUACAGUUUCUUGUUAUUGGUAGAAUUACAAUGUAUCAUUGUGUGUGUAUAUAUAUGUAUAUACAAACAAUAUUAUAUAUAUAGUACAUAUAUUAAUUACUAUAGGUGACUGAGGCCAAACAUCUGAGGCCAGAGUGAUUUCAGGUGAAGUUACUUGGACUUGCUUGGCUUCCACAGUUACAAAGUGCAGUUAUAUGAAUAGAAGUACUUAAAAAUAAAGUUUGAUCUUCAGUAGCUCUUCCUACUAGAUACAGUAAUAGAAGAGACUUAGGUAAGAAGUCUCACUCACCACUCUGCUGAUGGGAAAUUAUGGAGGUGAUGAUAUCAACAACUGUUAUUAUUAGUAUCAAAAUAUGUCACCUCAUUAAGCGUCUUUUAGAGAACUAUAAAAUUUCAACAGUUGGAAUGACAUGGUUGUGCUUAUCACAAUAUGGAAAGAUUGAAUAUCAGAUUAAAAAAAGAAAAAAUUAAAAAAGAUUGGAAAUUAAUUUUGCACUUUUGCACUCUGUGUUGCUCUUUCUGUAAUCAUUUCUCUGUACCUCUUAAUUUUUUUCAUACAUUUUAUUCUGAGAAUUAGCUUGAGGGUUAUGAAAGUUGAGAUUAAUGAAAGUUAAUUGUUUCUCUAAAUUAUCUUGUAGGUGGCUUGAGAACCAAUCAGUGAUUCUGUAUAUUAUCUACAGGUGUGUAUUACAGAUUGAUUGAAGUAACUGGAAUUUCUCUGCUCUUGUUUUACAAAAAUAAUAUUUUUGUAAAUUGGUCUUAAAAAUCUGAGCAAAGCUGGAUCCAGAAUGUCUUCUCACAAACAACCAAGUAAUGUGAUGACUAAAACACGGAGGUGGUGAUCUGGUGACAGUCAAAUGAAAGAAUCUUGAUGUUACCUUCGUGUAGUCCUUCCCCAUAUAAACGAGGAGGCAAGGAUUUAAUUCUGAAUGAGCCCAUCUGUUUUAUGAUUUCUUCUGAGACAAAUGACAUGGGAUUCUAACAGCCAAACUUCCUCAUUGCAAACAAUCAUCUGCAGGCCAGGUAAACAUUACCAAAUGAGGAGAAAAGGAAGAUGCCAUCGAGUAUCGGCAGCAAGGCAUUCUUCUUCCCCAUGCAGUAUUAAGCACUCCCCAACACGAGAAACCUUGACGUAUGCUCAAGCUCAGAGGAUGGUUGAAAUAGAAAUUGAAGGUCGCCUGCAUAGGAUCAGUAUCUUUGAUCCUUUAGAAAUUAUAUUAGAAGAUGAUCUUACUGCCCAGGAAAUGAGUGAAUGCAACAGCAAUAAAGAAAAUAGUGAAAGACCACCGGUUUGUCUAAGAAGCAAACGCCAUAAAAAUAACAAAGUGAAAAAGAAAAAUGAAGCUCUUCCGAGCUCACAUGGUAUACCUGCUACAACAGCUCCUCUUCCAGAACCAAAAGUACGGAUUGUUGAAUACAGUCCCCCUUCAGCUCCUCGGAGACCUCCAGUUUAUUACAAAUUCAUUGAGAAGUCAGCAGAAGAACUUGAUAACGAAGUUGAGUAUGACAUGGAUGAAGAAGAUUAUGCGUGGUUAGAAUUGAUAAAUGAUAAGCGGAAAAGUGAUGGAGUGUCAGUUGUUUCACAAAAUAUGUUUGAAUUCCUUAUGGAUAGGUUUGAAAAAGAGUCUUAUUGUGAGAACCAAAAACAGGGUGAUCAUCAGUCUUUAAUUGAUGAAGAUGCAGUGUGUUGUAUAUGCAUGGAUGGUGAAUGUCAGAACAGCAAUGUGAUCCUGUUUUGUGAUAUGUGUAAUUUAGCAGUACAUCAGGAAUGCUAUGGGGUGCCAUAUAUACCUGAGGGUCAGUGGCUCUGCAGACACUGUUUGCAGUCCCGCUCUCGGCCUGUAGACUGUGUGCUGUGCCCAAACAAGGGAGGUGCCUUUAAAAAGACAGAUGAUGAUCGUUGGGGACAUGUGGUGUGUGCUCUGUGGAUUCCAGAAGUUGGAUUUGCCAAUACAGUUUUUAUUGAGCCAAUUGAUGGUGUCAGGAACAUUCCCCCAGCCAGAUGGAAGUUAACAUGCUACCUCUGUAAACAGAAAGGUGUUGGUGCCUGCAUCCAGUGCCACAAAGCAAACUGCUAUACUGCAUUCCAUGUGACAUGUGCUCAAAAGGCUGGUCUAUAUAUGAAAAUGGAACCUGUGAAAGAACUGACUGGCAGUGGAACAACGUUCUCUGUGAAAAAGACUGCCUAUUGCGAUGUACAUACUCCACCAGGUUGCACACGGAGACCGCUAAAUAUUUAUGGAGAAGCUGAAAUCAAGAACGGUGUGUGUAGAAAGGAGGGAUCAGUCAGAACUGCUAGGUCUACAUCAAAAAUCAGAAAAAAGACAAAAAAAGCCAAGAAAGCAGUGGUUGAACCCUGUACAGUUAUGCCAACAGUAUCUGCUCCUUAUAUCCCCCCCCAGAGAUUAAAUAAGAUUAUGAAUCAGGUGGCCAUUCAGCGAAAGAAGCAUUUUGUUGAACGAGUGCACAGUUACUGGUUGCUUAAAAGACUGUCUAGGAAUGGUGUUCCACUCUUGAGAAGGCUGCAGUCCAGUUUACAGUCACAAAGAAAUACACAACAGAGGGAAGAUGAUGAAGAAAUGCAAGCCUUAAAGGAAAAAUUGAAGUAUUGGCAAAGGCUGCGUCACGAUCUUGAAAGAGCGCGUUUAUUGAUAGAACUUAUACGUAAGCGUGAAAAAUUAAAAAGAGAACAGGUCAAGAUUGAGCAGGUUACCAUGGAACUUCAGCUUAUUCCAUUCACUGUACUUCUGCGAUCGGUUCUGGAUCAGCUGCAGGAAAAGGAUUCUGCUCGUAUAUUUGCUCAGCCAGUGAACCUUAAAGAGGUUCCAGACUAUUUGGAUCAUAUUAAACAUCCUAUGGAUUUCUCCACCAUGCGAAAACGGUUAGAAGCUCAAGGCUAUAAAAACCUCACUGAGUUUGAGGAAGACUUCAAUCUGAUCAUAGAUAACUGUAUGAAAUACAAUGCAAAAGAUACAAUAUUUUAUAGAGCUGCAGUGCGGUUAAGAGAUCAAGGAGGUGUAGUUCUCAGGCAAGCCAGGCGAGAUGCUGAAGGAAUUGGUUAUAACAAUGAAACUGGAAUGCACUUACCAGAACGGCCUAAACUUGAGUCACCCCAACCUUUCUCUUGGGAAGAUGUGGAUAGGUUACUGAAUCCUGCAAACAGAGCACAUAUGUCCUUGGAAGAACAGCUGAGAGAGCUGCUAGAAAAACUUGAUCUCACCUGUGCAAUGAAGUCCAGUGGGUCAAGGAGCAAAAGGGCAAAGCUGUUAAAGAAAGAAAUCAGCAUUAUUCGCAACAAACUCAGUCAGCAACACAACCAAGCUCCUCAAAUAGAAUCAGGUAUUGGAAGUUUUGAAGAAGAAAGUGCAGCAUUGGAACAAGACGGAGAAGAAGAAGGAGAUAAAUCUCCCCCUAAACUUGAACCAUCAGAUGCAUUACCUCUUCCUUCAAACUUGGAGACUAAUUCAGAACCACCAACCCUCAAACCAGUAGAACUCAAUCCAGAGCAGAGUAAGCUUUACAAAAGAGUAAAAUUUGAUAAUGAAUUAUAUAGCACUUCCAUUCAGAAAGAAAUAAAUGGACACACUCCAGAACACUUACUUGACAGUAAUCUCAAUGAGUCGACUGUUUCUGCUGUAGCUGAGUCAUCAACUGAUGUAAACAGACGUACAUCCAUUCUCUUCUGCAAAUCGAAAAGUAUAAGCCCCCAAAAGUCUGCAAAGAACACUGAAACCCAGCCAACUUCUCCACAGCUAGGGACCAAAACCUUUUUGUCUGUAGUCCUUCCAAGGUUGGAGACACUUCUGCACCCAAGGAAAAGAUCAAGGAGUGCAUGUGGAGAUUCUGAGGUUGAUGAUGAGUCCCCUGUAAAGCGCUUGGAUACAGGUCUGUCAAAUGGUUUUGGAGAUGAAAGUAAAGAGAGAGCAUUAGAUGAUACUCCAGGAAGAAAAGUUGAACCUCGUCGCCGCUGUGCAUCAGAAUCUAGUAUUUCAUCUAGUAACAGUCUCUUGUGUAACUCAAGUUUCAGUCUACCGAAGUGUGGUAAAGGUAAACCUGCCCUGAUACGGAGACACACACUGGAAGAUCGAAGUGAACUGAUAUCAUGCAUUGAAAAUGGAAACUAUGCCAAAGCAGCAAGAAUUGCAGCUGAAGUUGGGCAUAGCAGUAUGUGGAUUUCAACUGAUGCUGCAACAUCUGUUCUUGAGCCUCUAAAAGUAGUAUGGGCCAAAUGCAGUGGAUAUCCCUCUUACCCAGCUCUGAUUAUUGACCCUAAGAUGCCUCGUGUUGCUGGCCAUCACAAUGGUGUUACUAUACCAGUGCCACCUCUAGAUGUACUGAAAAUUGGAGAACAAAUGCAGACCAAAUCAGAUGAGAAACUAUUCUUAGUACUAUUUUUUGACAAUAAAAGAAGUUGGCAGUGGCUUCCAAAAUCCAAAAUGGUUCCCCUUGGGAUAGAUGAGACCAUAGACAAGUUAAAAAUGAUGGAAGGACGUAACUCAAGCAUACGAAAAGCAGUAAGAAUUGCUUUUGAUCGUGCUAUGAAUCACCUGAGCCGAGUCCAUGGAGAACCAGUCAGUGACUUCAGUGAUAUUGACUAACAGAGAUUCUCUAGCAAGGCAUGAAAAAUACCACAGAGACUUGAACUCUACUAAUGAGCCUCUUUGUCUAAAAGAAUGUAUUAAAGAUACAACCCCUUAAUUGUUGAUUCAGUGGCUGAGUUCUGCAAACUUGAAAUAGUUGAGCAAUUCUUCUAAAUCACCAUUGCCAUAUUGAUUAAUUAUUUUAUUGUGUUGUAGAUUGGAGGAUUUUCCACUAAACCUGUUAAAAUGUCUUGUUCAUAGUGUUCAUAAUUGUACAUAAAUGUAUAUUCAACACUUAACUUAUUCUGAUUUUAGAAGUAGCUCCUUAAUUCCUUUUAUAAUUUUGCUAGGGAGGGAAUUGGUUUUUGUUUUUUCCAUGCUUUUUAUUUUUUUUUCCUUCUUUCUGAGGUUAAGUUACCUAAGCACCAUCUUCCAGCUUUAGGUGUUUAGUGGAUCUUAUAGCCUAAUAUCAAAAUGGCAUCAAAUAGAUGUUUGCCUAAAUCAUAUACAGUAUGGUGCUGCUUGUAUCAUUUCUUCCUUGGUCUGUAGCUUCUGAAAAAGACUUCUGAAUGUUUGUGUAAAUUGUUGCUCUUUGCACAAAGUACCACAUAUUUAAGGUUGAUGUAAAUUUACAAUUACAAAUAUGUAUUUUAAGAAAGGAAGUUGCAUUAUUUUGGAGGGUACUUUGUGAGAAAGACAUCAAUAAAAAAUAUACUAUGUACAUCACUUGCAAAUCACCAAAAACACUCCAUUGUUGCCCAAAAUGACUUAAGGUUGUUAUUGUUUUAAACAAACCUGGCUUAAAGCCUGCAAGCACAUUAUUUCUUUCAAAACCAUAUCCCAUUUAUCUCCCAUUGGUUUAAUUUUGUUGAUAUGUGUGCCUCCCUGUGUUUUAUUUAUUGUAGAAAAUGUAUUAAUUUGCUUUAUAAUGAAAAAUAAAAUUGACAAAUAUAUUGAUAUGCAUUUUUAUACAGGCACAUGAGAAGACAACUUGCUUUGGGAGAAAAAUGUAUUGGAAAUUGUAUAAAAUAACUCGAUGGUUUGUGUGUAAUUUGGUUUUUUGGUAACUUGUAAUCUUUCGUUUCCAAUGAGGGGAUUUAUGUAACUUUUAAUUUAGAACACUUUGGUAGCAAUAGAAACUUUGGAUACAUUUUUGUAUGGUACAUGUGAUGUAUAUAGAAUUAGUACUUUAUUUUUAUUUUUAAGAAGUAAAGCAUUAUGUUUGGGCAGGGGGAAGAAGGAGGGUGGGUUUCCAGAACUGCAUUUUUAUAUUAAAAAGAAAAAAAAUAAAGUCAAGAUAUUGAUUGUUGUAGCUACUUUAUUCCUACCUUCACUGAGAUACUGAAUUUGUAACAAUGAAAAUGGCAAGGUAUGUUUGCAAUGUGAUUUAUAAUGGCUCCAUUAUUUAUAAAUGCACUGUGUUUGAACUCUUUUGCAGUGAUAUCGUAAAUACUGUACCAAGUUAUAUAAUAUGAAACACCAAAUAAUGCAUAUGAAUGCACGAAGUAUUUAUGCCCAGCUUUUUUAUAAAGGAUUAGCAAAUACAGCAAAACCAAUACUUUUUAAAUCUUUUUUUUAAAACUUCAUUGAAUAGCAUACUUCAUUGUUAAACCUGCUUGAAUCUUUAUUUUAAAGGGACAAUUACUUUUUAAAUAGUUUUUAAUGUUUUUAUUCUCUAUUGUUUGUAAUACCCCCGUAGAAGCUUGAAAUAAAAUUUCUUUCUCAACUGUAAA